CAGGAGCAGCUCCAUUCUGGACGCGAACAUACCGGGCUUCCACUGCGCAUGCUUAGUAGGCAUGGCUCCGGCUGAUGGAGGCUGAGUGGAGUGACAUCCGGUCAGUGCAGGUGUCUGGGAGCCGGGAUGGAGGGUGCGAGGUGGCAGAGCAGCUGUAAGAAGAGACCCCUGCGGCUCCCCCAGUGAUACAGCCGGGCAGGUAAUGAACAGUGGGAAUGAGAAACAUCCGGCGCCUUUUCUUGCGGUGCCUUCGCCUGGGACACAGAAGGACAUUCGCGUAUGUGAGCUCGCUGAGCGACUACCUGCGCUACAGCCGCCUCUGCCUGGUGUCUCUGACCCACAACACCUUCACUAACAGCGAUGUGGUCAUCGAGUCCCUGUUUGAGCCCGUGUACUGGUUGGUGGAUCACUUGACCAGAUGGUUCGGCGUCGUGUUUGUGGCUCUGGUGAUCUUGCUGACCAGCUCCAUUGUGUUGAUCGUGUACCUCUGUGUCCUUCCUCUUAUCCUCCAAACGUAUUCCACUGCCUGGAUCUGCUGGCAUAUUGCCUAUGGCCACUGGAAUCUCAUCCUGAUUGUCUUUCACUAUUACAAGGCAAUCACCACGUCCCCUGGAUAUCCACCGCAGGUGCAGAAGAACAUCCCGUCAGUGGCGGUAUGCCGGAAGUGCAUCGCUCCAAAACCUGCUCGGACCCAUCACUGUAGCAUCUGCAAUAGGUGCAUUUUGAAAAUGGAUCACCAUUGUCCCUGGCUUAAUAACUGUGUGGGCCACUACAACCAUCGCUACUUCUUCUCCUUCUGCCUCUUCAUGACCUUGGGUUGUAUCUACUGUAGCAUCAGCAGCCGCGUCAUGUUCCAGGAAGCCUAUGCAACUAUACAGAAAAUGAAGCACCAUGAGGCGCAGAGGCUCCAGCUUGCAGGCAAUGAGACUUACAGCCAGACGCCGCUUCCUGCCUUCUCCUUCUGGGAGAGAGUGUUUCACAAGUGCAUCAUAUACCUCUGGGUUCUUUGCAGCUCUGUCGCCGUGGCUCUUGGCGCCCUCACGCUCUGGCAUGCCAUACUCAUCACCCGGGGAGAGACCAGCAUAGAGAGACACAUUAACAAGAAGGAGCGGAAGAGACUGCAGGAUAAAGGGAAGAUAUUUCAGAAUCCUUACAGCUACGGCCGCUUCAGCAACUGGAGGCUGUUCUUUGGAGUAGAAACACAAUGGCAAUGGAUCACACGCGUCGUCCUGCCGUCUUCUCAUCCGGCUUACGGGGACGGUCUGAAGUGGAACACUCCACAUUGGCUGCCCACAAAACAGACUUCUGUCCUUGCAAUCUAGAGCGGAAACCCCCUCCUCCAGGAGAUGGUACAGUCUACCACCAGACGCCUGCUAGAACAACCGCACAAGCUUAUUGAACUGUACUGUGUGUAAUACCAGCAAGAACGCAAAAAAAAGUAUAAUAAUGUAACAUGCAGGAGAUGGCGGCAGAGCGAUUCCUGCGCAGUCGUGUGGUCAGGGACCCAGCAGAUAAUGAAUAGUUUUAUGGUUUACCUCCAA